AUGUUACCCGCAGCACCCGUUGAUUCAACCCAUUCACAUGAAUUACACAAUCCACGUUGGGCACAUCAUGAAGGCGAAGCAAACAUCUUGGCACGCUUUCGUUAUAUUUGGAGAGAAGAAUUGGCAGAAUGCUUAGGAACUGCUUUCAUCAUCCUCUUGGGCGCAAGCGUUGAAUGUCAAACUACAUUGCAUUAUGGAAACAAUGCAAAUAAACCUUACAGCUUUGGUGAUUAUAAUUCUUGUCGAUUGGCUUGGGCUGCUGGUGUGGCUAUGGGCAUCUUUGUUGCCGGAGGAAUUAGUGGUGCCCAUAUCAAUCCAACAGUCACAAUUGCACUUUGGCUCUUCCGUGGAUUUCCAGGUAGAAAAGUGGGCUGGUACAUCAUUGCACAAGUCUUAGGUGCCACUUUGGCAAGCUUUAUCGUUUAUGCAAAUUAUCGAUAUUCGAUCGGCUUAUACGAAGGUCAAGGUCUUCCAAGUGCAAUCCGUACUGUCACCGGUCCUCAUGCAACCGCUCCACUCUUUUUCACUUUUCCACAACCAUGGCUACCUGCUUCUUCUGCAUUUUAUUCGGAAUUUCUUGCAAGUGCAGUUUUGGUUUGCGUAGUCUUUGCCCUUGGUGAUAAAGGUAAUUUACCAACACCAAAAGGUACAAUGGCAUUCGCAAUGUUUAUCGUUUUGAUCGGUAUUGGCGCUUCGAUGGGAGUGAAUACCGGUUAUGCCUUAAACGGAGCACGCGAUUCAGGUCCAAGAAUCGCUUUGUGGUUCUUGGGAUACGGCAAUGAGAUUUGGACACACAAUCACGCUUAUUGGCUUUGGGCACCUUGGCUUGCUGCCAUUGUAGGUGGUUGUGUGGGAGGUUUGGUAUACGAUAUUUUCAUCUAUACCGGCAAAGAUUCAUGGAUCAAUCGUCCAAUCGGCGGCUCGAGCAACCCCAAAACAUACCAAGGCGCUGUCGCCGAAUCAGCAUUAGAGGAAGCUGAUGCGUAA